UAUACCAUUUAUCUCUUGUUAUUUUCUUUAGGUACAUCCACGUGCAUAGCAUCUGGCGAUCCACACUACACCAGCUUUGACAAACGCAAAUAUGACUUCAUGGGCAACUGCAGCUAUCUGAUGUCUAGUCCAUGCAAUGACACAACUGUGCCCUACUUUGAGGUCCAUACUGACAAUGAAAACCGGUAUAACAGGCCGACCAUCUCCUAUGUGAAUGCCGUACAUGUAUACGCACAGAUGAUAAAGAUCUCCAUUCUCAAAGGUGGCACUGUGCAGGUUAAUGGGACCAAUGUCAAUCUGCCACUGUCCCCGGCCCCUGGUAUUUCUGUGUUCAAGUCAGGAAAACACUACACUGUCUCCAUGAACUUUGGUGUGACGGUUCGCUAUGAUGGAAACGCCUUCAUGGACAUCAAAGUAAUCGAAGACUAUCAGAACAAGCUGUGUGGCCUGUGUGGCAACUAUGAUGGAGAUACCAAAGAUGACUUCCGCAAACCAGAUGGAAGCUUAGCUGAAAAUGCCAAUGACUUUGGACACAGUUGGAACAUGAAUCCAGAAUGUAAUAAGAAACCCAACACUACCAUCCCUGGGUGCAAUGAAGAAGAACAGGAACUGUAUGAAAGCUCUGGAUAUUGUGGCAUUCUGCUGGACAAAAAUGGACCUUUUGCUGUGUGCCAUCCCAAAGUCAACCCCAAUAAUUACUUCAGGGACUGUGUCUUUGACUUGUGUGAGCUGGAUGGUGCCAAGCCCAUUUUGUGUGAAGCCAUUGAAGCCUAUGUCAAUGAAUGCCAAGAUCGUGGGGUCAACCUUGGACCAUGGAGGAAUGAAACCUUCUGCCCACUGAGCUGUCCCCCAAACAGCCACUACGAACCUUGUGCAGAUCCUUGUCAGGAAACAUGCUUUGGAAAACCCCCCUCCUGCUCUGGUCCCUGCUCUGAGUCCUGUGUGUGUGAUCCCAGCUAUGUCCUGAGUGCUGGCAAGUGCGUUAAGGAGAACAUGUGUGGCUGCAACCACACGAACGGCCAGUAUUAUGAGCCUGGAGAGGAGUUUUUUGAGGAAGACUGCAAGCGAAAAUGUUGGUGUGGUGCAGCUGGAAUUACCUGUGAAGCCUCUGAAUGCCCCCCAAUGCAUGAAUGUAAACUUCAGGAUGGAGAGCUGGGCUGCUAUCCUACGAGUUUUCAGGAUUGUGUAGUUUCUGGGGAUCCACACUACAACACCUUUGACAAGAAGUACUACAGCUUCAUGGGAACCUGUACUUACACACUG